AUUUUGUAGAGUUUUCUCUGAGGAAGGAACCGCCGCCACUGCCGCAUCCGUGAGGCUCCUGUCAGGGUGGUAACGCUCUUCAUCGGAAACCUGCUCUGGGAGGAAGAGCAGGAGAUCCACUCUUUGAGCAGCAUGGGAAGGUGCUAGAAUGUGACAUUGUUAAGUACUAUGUCUUUGGGAAUGCUCUGGCGGUGGGUCCUGUGGUUAGGAAGGUCAGUGAGGGCCAGCAAACCGUCAUGGGCCAGGUUCCAUCCCUGGUCAGGGAACUUAGAUCCUGCAAGCCCCGCCAAAACAACAGAACAAAACUAUAGCAACCAAACAAAACCUUCGUUGUGCACAUAGAGAAAAAGAUGCAGCUGAGUGUGCCAUAUGCAACCUGCACCAGUAAAAGCUGCAGGGAGGGAACAUCAAUGAGGAAGCCCUCAAGAAUAGAAACAAAGCGUCAACCAGGCUGCAUGUAUGCAUAAUGUGUCCUAUUUGUACCAAACGAGAGCUUCGGGUCAAGUUGGAGGAGUAUGGUCCAGUGGUGGAAUGAAAUGUGACAUCGUGAAAGAUUAUGCCUUCCUACACAUGGAACGGGCAGAGGACCUUGACUCACAGAGUUUCAAGGCAAAUGAAUGCGCGUGGCAUUGUACACGAGCCAGCUUCCAACCGCCCCUGGUGUGGGAGAAGACCAGAGUGGCUGCUAUCGGUUGUGGAAAAGAGGAUCACUGGUCAAAAGAGAUCAAAGGGUUGUCAUGGCCGACGUUACUGAGUAGUACAAUAAGAAGUAUGGAGCGGACCCCAUGGGCUAUAGGGAAUCCAUGUAUGAGGAGGAUGCAUCGGGAGCACGCAGCUACUAACUAGGCUAAGCGCAUACAGAGUCCGCUUUUCAGUAGGCAGUGGCGGCAGCAGCUUCCUUGCACAGCUACGUGGCCCAUGUGCCUCAAGACCAGAGCACAGCUGUGACCAGUCACCUCAACUCCAGGGGUUUUUGUUUGUUUGGACUCUACCACAUGCGAGAUCUCAGUUGCUUCUCCAGGGAUCGAACCUGUGUCCCCUACAACUGCACCAGCAGGGAAGUCCCUCCACUCCUGUUGAUCCCUGGACAGACCCCCACCCCCACCCCCGCCCCCCAUAGCCAAACUCAAACCCUGCUGCCACCUCAGCUGCUAUGACUGUUGCUGCUGUCACCACUAGAUUCUAUUAUGAAAGGGACAGGAUCCCCCGCCCCAUUCCUGCCGCAGCUCUGCUCCCAACAGCUGGAGAGGGCUUCGUAAUGGGCCGGAGGUGCGCUGUCCCAGGCUUCACCAGCUGCGGGGAAUUUUCGGUAUGACGUGGCCGGGCAGGAGCAGGAGCAGGAUGUGGACCGAGGAGUGGUACUCAGCCUUUCACAAACUGGAGUACAGAAUUGGACAGCUGUACAUGAUCAGCAAGCACAGCCACGAACAGAGUGACCGAGGAGAAGGGGUGGAGGUCGUCCAGAAUGAGCCCUUCGAGGACCCUCACCAUGGCAAUGGGCAGUUCACAGAGAAGCGAGUAUAUCUCAACAGCAAACUGCCCAGUUGGGCUAGAGCUGUUGUUCCCAAAAUAUUUUAUGUAACAGAGAAGGCAUGGAACUAUUAUCCCUACACAAUUACAGAAUACACAUGUUCCUUUCUGCCGAAAUUCUCCAUUCACAUAGAAACCAAGUACGAGGACAACAAGGGAAGCAAUGACAGCAUUUUUGACAAUGAAGCCAAAGACCUGGAGAGAGAAGUUUGCUUUAUCGAUAUUGCCUGUGAUGAAAUUCCAGAACGUUACUACAAAGAAUCUGAGGAUCCUAAACACUUCAAGUCAGAGAAGACAGGACGGGGACAGUUAAGGGAAGGCUGGAGAGAUAGUCAUCAGCCCAUCAUGUGUUCUUACAAGCUAGUGACCGUGAAGUUCGAGGUCUGGGGGCUUCAGACCAGAGUGGAACAAUUUGUACACAAGGUGGUUCGAGAUAUCCUUCUGAUUGGACAUAGACAGGCUUUUGCUUGGGUUGAUGAGUGGUAUGAUAUGACAAUGGAUGAUGUUCGGGAAUACGAGAAAAACAUGCAUGAACAAACCAACAUAAAAGUUUGCAAUCAGCAUUCCUCCACUGUGGAUGACAUAGAGAGCCAGGCCCAAACAAGUACAUGACAAUGGAUGAAGUCCGAGAGUUUGAACGAGCCACUCAGGAAGCCACCAACAAGAAAAUUGGCGUUUUCCCACCUGCCGUUUCUAUCUCCAGCAUCCCCCUGCUGCCUUCUUCAGUCCGCAGUGCCCCUUCGAGCGCUCCAUCCACGCCUCUCUCCACUGAUGCACCAGAAUUCCUGUCAGUUCCCAAAGAUCGGCCCCGGAAAAAGUCGGCCCCAGAAACUCUCACACUUCCAGACCCUGAGAAAAAAGCCACCCUGAAUUUACCUGGCAUCCACUCUUCAGAUAAGCCAUGUCGGCCCAAAUCAGAGUAACUUCAUAUGAAUAUUUUAUGGGGUUUUAUAUUUUCAGUUUUGGGUCUUGUUUGUUUGUUUUUAAGGAUCUUCUGAUACAGAAAAAGACUGCUCUGUCACUCAGACAUGUCCCUUUGAUCUCUUGAGUGUGCAUGUGGUUAAGUAAUUUCACAUAGAAUAUGACUCCCUAAGUCUGCCACACAGUGUCACAGUAGAUGUAAAAUGCAAGACUUGCGAAGGACAGAAGAGAUCUUCUGUGGCCGCAGCUGGUCGCCAGGGAGGAAGCCUUGUUUAUUGGGCAUUUGAUGAGGUUGGCAUGGACUUCAAGGGUAAAUAAAUGAAAACUUUACACCACUCUGUUACAAGGUAUAGUAAAAUAAUGAAGUUAGUUUCCUCCCAUCAAACGUGAAAUUCUCAAAAAAUUUCUCAGGCAUAAGACACCUAAUUGUUAAAUUUUGAACUGCUCCUUACCAAUACUUGAAUACCAGGAGUUACUAAGAUUCCUACUUUGGUUAGUCUGACUCAGGAUUUGGAGCCUAAUUAACUCAUUAAAUAUUUUCAAAAUUUUAAUUAUCAACCUGUAGGGCUCCAAGUGCAAUUAACAAUAACUUAUUUAUACCUUUCACAGAAUUUGAUAAAAAUGCCACUUGUUUCUGUCUUUUAAUAACUUCCCCUUUGUGCCCUUGUGGCCUCAGAAAUCUUUAAGAAUUACAUGGAUAAAUGUGACCAUAACAGACUGAUUUUGAAUGGUUUGGUUUAGGAACCAACAGACCCAGGUGAGGCAAAUGUCUUUUUUUUUCCCUACAGGUAUCAACGAGCCUUACAUCAUUUGUUAAGAUUCUCAGAAUUUGCAGUUAAUUGAGUAGAAUUCAUUGACUCUUAUGCUCAUUCAGAGAAAUUCAGGGUAGAGUAACCUGCCUGGACUUUAACACUGUCGGACUUGUUUCCAUCCCCUUAAUGGGACGGGGAUACUCUUAAUAAUAUCUGGACCUCCCUGGAAUACAUUGCCCAUCACUGGACCGUAGGAAAAAAUUGCCGUUCUCUUGUUCCUUACUUGAAAUCCAAAUAUCAGGAAUAUGGCAAAAGUUGAGUCAGUGCCAUCAAGUGGGAGGAGAAAGUGAGCAGAAUGGCUGAUUCUUCUUUAUAGAGUAAAAAGAAGUUAUAAAAGAUGCCCCUCUGUCCAACUUUCUUUUCUGAGGGUCUUAGUAAUGCAGGAUUAGACUCAAGGUUGACAGGAGACAAGAUCAUUCACCACAGUGGCAGAAAGAGAACUCUCUUUUGAUCUAAAGAGAAAAAUCUGCCACCUUUGCACCUCACUGCCUUUAAACACAGAAAGAAGAGCAGAAUCUAGCAUUUGUCCUCCAAGGGAGGAAGAGAACAAGGUAAUUGGGCGACUCCGAGGCCCCAGCUGGCCUUCCUGACCAUAACCUCCAACCUCAGGAAAGGGACCUUCCCCAAACGCAGAUUCCCAAGGAAACCAAGGAGCGUGUCCUCUUCCUCUUAGACAGGCUCUCAGCCAGUGGACCCUGCCUGCUUCUCUCUCUCGUGCCCAGCACUCUGCACAGUGUCCUUCAAGUGGACAGACUCUCCCAAGGUGCAAGUGCUGGCCCCAGGGCCCAGCACCAAGUGUUCUAAGUCAUAUGUCAGGUUGUCAAGAUCAUUUCUUAACCUAUAGGUUGACAUUUAGCUUAAUAUAUAAAUAAACCCAGAACUCAAAGGAAACCCAUUGCAAAUAGCUUAGAUCAACAGUGCAUCUCUUCCCUAAGAGUGAUAGUACCACAGUAAGACGCCUUCUUUGCAUGGUAUGGUAGCAUGAUUUUUGCUUGUGGGAAAACUCGAUCUUUUAUCCAGAUCUCUUGGACUUCUCAAUGGCUCCCUUUCAGCACAGUAGUACUUAACAAGAAUGUCUGGCUUUAGGAAGCAAAAUUCUCCUUCAGAAGACACUUGCAUAGUGUAUGUAUUUGCUUAACAUUUGCAAGCUGAAAUCAAGAUGGGGUGGGAUCAUGAUAUUCGCAUGGAAUGGAUUUGUUUUGAGCCCGUGGUUAACACAUCUGGCACCUAGUUUUUCUGUUGAUGCCAUUGCUCAUUUUCCAUUUUUGUAAAGUAGCUUCCUCUAUCAAGGUCAACAAUUCUAUAUGCUUUAGAAAGCUAAUUCCUGGUUUCCUACUGUGAAUUUUCUUUCUCUUAAAGCCAGUACAAUACCACAGACAUUACUUGCAAAACUACCACUGAUAGUGUGAUUCUUAGCCAACAAAUAUGUGUGGUCUUAGAGUAUGUUCAGUUUUUCUGUCUACAUGUGGUUCGUGUGCAUUUUCAAAGGGGGGAGGGGUGCAAAUAUUCUUUUAGCUGCUUCAAAUAUUUAAUCCAGUCAUCACAAGGCAUAAAUGGCUUCAGUAUUUUAUCUAUCUUGAUUUUCAAGCGUCAUUUCACAGUCUUCAUACAUGGAUUUGUUUUUUGUGGGGUACAAGCCUGCAAUGAAUGUGUAUAUAGAACAUUACUAAUUCCUAUAAGGAUGGAAAUUAAAUGGCUGCAUGAUGGAAACUUAGAAGAAAAAAACCAGAAACUUGAAUUCAUUAAGCAUGUUUUGGGGAAAAAAAUAGAAUUUUAACUCAGUGCCUCUGUCUGCCAUGUGGAAACCUUCAACUUUGUUCACCAAAAUUGUAUUAUACCUGUAUAUAUAUAAAUAUAGUAUGGCAAAUCCAGCACCAUCAGUUUUAAGUCUCUGGUAGCCAAAUUGAAAUAAUCCACAGAUAACAUUUAUGCUCACCCCAUCUUUGUCUCUCAUGUAGUAGAGACCAUCAAAAUGAACAUAAAUUUCAUUACUUUGGAUGGACUUCAAAUUACAAAAUGCCCCCUGUGCUUUUCAUUGGCUGUCUAACAGAUCAUUGCUUUGGCUGUGCUUUUCCAGGACAAGAAGGCCUCAGUGUUUUUACUGCAUAAACUUUGUCAGAAGUCAGCUCUGAAGACCUUUCAUUUUCCUACUUUUGAGCUAGAAUAAGGCAAAGCAAAGAAAAAAGCGUAACAACACAGGAGUCCGUGACAUUCUUCAGUUACCACAUUGUAACUGAAACAAUAUGAAUUCAUUUGUGAACUAAUUUAUAAACCCUUCUGUUUUGGUUUUGCAUUUGUGUGUGGGGAAAACGGCUUUAAUUUAUUUGAAGGCAUUUAUUAGCCACGUUUUUGAUUGUGAAAAUAAAUCUCUAACUAGUGCAAUUGUGCGUGUCUUAUGUAGACACUUAAAAAACAACGAGACUCCCAAAUGUUAUUAUAUGGUUUUCUUCCAAGACACUAUAAUAAACAGUGACCUAAGAGAGUAGAUUCCGACACUUCUCGAGAAAUCAUUUUUCCAUGAAAAUUUCAUGGCUAAUGAAUUUAUGUGUACUUUUAAAUCCUACUCGCCUUAGCUCCUCUUCAUGGCUCAAAGACUAUUUGUCACUGACUGGCAUAGGUCAACAACAAUUGUACGUUUCAGAAGGGCCAGAGUGUAAUUUUAUUCCAUAUGUGAUGCGUAUUCAGAUACUCCAACACAGAAGGAUUGUUUAAAUAGUUUUAGUCUCUUUCUGAUCAUCUGGUUCAGUAGGCUGGGUGACAAUAUGCCAUCUGAGCCAUAAUUCUUAAAACUAAAAAAAAAAAAAUCUGUCCAGAAACUGCAAUUGAUUAUAAAUAGACUGUUUAAAACUAUUGUUUCCUUUAAAAAAAAAAAAAAAGAAAGAAGGAAAACUAUUGUUUCCUGCCUAAAACGAAGAGCGUUUCAGAAGAGCGCAGCAAUGGCAUAUGGAGGCAACGCAUACUGGGUUCUUCUGUGUUCUACCUUCAAAGCAGUCUGUUUCAUUUGAAAUGUAAGUUUUAAGCUUUUUAGGAGUUAGUGCAAUAAGAGAAUGUGAAUAUGUUGAGACCUUUCCAGAUGCUGUUGUUAUCAUUUUGUUGUUAACAGACUCUAGGAUAAGCCUCUCUCAAUGUUUUUGCUUAAAAUCAAAAGCCUGUCUGUUGAAUUGCAAAUCUCCCCUCAGUUUCUGGGUGUCUCCAAGAGAGUCUGUUUGAGCUGAUGUUAUACCUGUGCCACUUACAUGUAGCUUCAAUUGUCAGUUUUAGUGUUUACAUUGCAAACUGGGAUCUUGACUAGUUAAAUGGUCGAUACACCACUGCCACAGCUGAAGGACCAAGUUCUGGAAUGCACAGUGUGAUGACAGCAAAGCAAACAGAAGUUGAUCUUCACACAUCUUAACUGUGUGAGGAAGCCAUCCUCCUAUGUCAUUUUGCAGCCGUUUUGUGUUUUUUUCCCAGUUAUUUAUUAUUGAUAAUAACUUACUUUUUCUUACAUUCUGUUGUAAAUAAAGUACAAACCAAUCUUCUUUCCAA